GCAGAAAAGAGGGGCACGUGGACAGAUGGGAAGAACAAAUCUCGCAUUCUAACAGGACCACAACGGAAAUCUGAAGUUUAGAAGAGAGUUUUCUGAUCUUAAAUUAAGAGGUUCCUGUCUUAAAGAAUCUUCUCCUUCAAAGAAAUAAAUAAAACGAUGUCUCCAUUGUUUUCCUCCAUGUAAAUAAUGCAUGGUCAAAAACGGAAUAAGCGGCCAUAAGUUUAAGUAGAGAACGAGUAGAUCAUAAUUCUCUCUCCACCAAAAACCGGAGGGAAAGUUUUUCAGAAUUUGUUUGCUGCAAUAACAUGGUUAAACUUUGACCAGCCAGCGCCAGAAACACAAAUGCUAAGGCUAAAUGUUUACUGCUCUUUAAUCCCUAGUCAAAGGCAAAUCAAAAUUGGAAGCAGCUAUAGUUCAUGGAUCAUUAGGUACCAUCUUACCAAGAAAUCAUUUUCCACAGUUUCAGUGAAGGCCUUAAAGGAUGAGACAGAUGGAGGCACAAGUAGCUCUCCGGGCCGAAGCUGGAAUCCUGGCUUGGAAAUUGAAGUCCCUUUUGAACAAAGACCGGUGAACGAAUAUGAAUCUCUUAAAGAUGGAGCAUUGUAUUCUUGGGGUGAACUGGGUCCUGGACCUCUUUUUGCUCGUCUUGGAGGUCUUUGGUUAGUAACCUUCACAGUUCUUGGAGUUCCAAUUGCAGCUGCAAGUUUCAAUCCUGCAAAGGAGCCAUUAAGAUUUGCGCUAGCUGCUGGAACAGGAACUCUACUCAUUGUGUCAUUAAUUGUCCUAAGAAUUUAUCUGGGAUGGAGUUAUGUUGGAGACAGACUUCUAUCAGCAGUGAUCCCAUAUGAAGAGAGUGGAUGGUAUGAUGGACAAAUGUGGGUAAAGCCACCAGAGGUCCUGGCUCGUGACAGACUAUUGGGCUCUUACAAGGUCAAACCAGUUAUCAAAAUGUUGAAACAAACACUAGUUGGAACAGGUGCUUUACUAGUUACAGCAGUAUUACUGUUUAUCUUCGCCACACCAGUGGAGGAUUUCUUUCAAAACAACUUUGCCACAAAAAAGAGUCCGUUAAAUGAUCCAGCUUCAAGCAUCAACAUGAAGUAUAAUGUUGGAAGAGCUGCUCAGUUUACCAGUGGAGGUUGUGGCUGAUGAUGAUUUAGCAGCAGCUGCUGCCAAGGCUGCUGAUGGAAGACCGGUCUACUGCAGAGAUAGAUAUUAUCGUGCAUUAGCAGGCGGGCAAUACUGUAAAUGGGAAGAUCUACUUAAAUAAUGGGAAAAAAAAGGCGUGGUUCUAUCCUCUGUUGCAUAUAUUUGUAAUUUGUGUCAAAUGGCAUAUGAUUUAUGUUUAAACUUUUAGCCUUUAUUUUUAAGGAACCAACUAGAUUUUCCAAAA